CCCCUCGGAAGCGAAUUCGGAGCUUCCCCGCCGAAGGGCCGGGGCUCCCCGCAGCCCUGGGGAGGAACCCCGCAGCCCUGGGGAGGAACCCCGCCGCGCCUUCCCCGCCGGAGACCCCCCGCCCGGCGGAGCGCAGAGGAGGGACAAAAUGGCGCCGCGAUUCAAACGCUGCGCGCUGCGUGCCGGCGGGGGGAGCGGUGGGGGGGCGGUGUCCCGGCGGGGUUCACUGCGCCUGCGCCCGGAGUUGCAAGAUGGCGGACAGUGCGGAACUAAAGCAAAUGGUUAUGAGCCUUAGAGUGUCUGAGCUGCAAGUACUUCUGGGUUACGCGGGGAGGAACAAGCACGGACGCAAACACGAACUCCUCACGAAAGCACUGCAUUUGUUAAAGGCUGGCUGCAGUCCUGCUGUACAAAUGAAAAUCAAAGAACUCUAUAGGCGAAGGUUCCCUCAGAAAAUCAUGACUCCUGCAGACUUAUCCAUCCCCAGCGUCCACUCGAGCUCCAUGCCAGCAGCUUUGUCUCCGUCUACCAUUCCACAGCUCAGUUACGAUGGCCACCCUGCCACCUCACCAUUGCUUCCCGUGUCACUUCUGGGACCUAAACAUGAACUGGAACUCCCCCAUCUCACAUCUGCGCUCCACCCUGUCCACCCCGACAUAAAACUUCAGAAACUACCUUUUUAUGACUUGUUGGAUGAGCUGAUAAAACCUACCAGCCUAGCCUCAGAUAACAGCCAGCGCUUUCGAGAAACCUGCUUUGCGUUUGCACUGACGCCGCAGCAAGUGCAGCAAAUCAGCAGUUCAAUGGAUAUUUCUGGGACCAAAUGUGACUUCACAGUACAGGUCCAGCUAAGGUUUUGUUUAUCAGAAACCAGUUGUCCACAAGAAGAUCAUUUCCCACCCAAUCUGUGUGUGAAAGUAAAUGGGAAACCAUGCAGCCUUCCAGGCUAUCUUCCACCAACCAAAAAUGGUGUUGAACCAAAGCGACCCAGCCGACCAAUCAACAUUACCUCACUCGUCAGGUUGUCUACGACGGUACCAAACACAAUCGUUGUUUCAUGGACUGCAGAAAUUGGAAGAAACUAUUCCAUGGCAGUCUAUCUGGUAAAGCAGCUGUCCUCUACGGUGUUACUGCAGAGGUUGCGAGCAAAAGGAAUACGGAACCCUGAUCAUUCUAGAGCAUUAAUUAAGGAGAAACUGACUGCCGAUCCAGACAGUGAAAUUGCAACAACAAGCUUAAGAGUUUCUCUUCUUUGUCCACUUGGUAAAAUGCGGCUAACUAUACCAUGUAGGGCCCUGACUUGUUCCCACCUGCAGUGUUUUGAUGCCACUCUGUAUAUUCAAAUGAAUGAAAAGAAACCAACCUGGGUUUGCCCUGUCUGUGACAAGAAGGCCCCCUAUGAACAUCUCAUUAUUGAUGGCUUGUUCAUGGAAAUUCUGAAGUAUUGUACAGAUUGUGAUGAAAUUCAGUUUAAAGAGGAUGGAUCCUGGGCUCCUAUGAGAUCGAAGAAGGAAGUGCAGGAAGUAACUGCAUCUUACAACGGAGUUGAUGGAUGCAUAAGCUCUUCCUUGGAACAUCAGGUGUCUUCUCACCAACAGUCAAAUAAAAAUAAGAAGGUAGAAGUGAUCGAUUUAACCAUUGAUAGCUCAUCAGAUGAAGAGGAUGAAGAACCAUCUGCAAAGAGAAGCUGUCCUUCCAUAUCUCCAGCAUCACCAUUAAAUAAUAAGGGCAUUUUAAAUUUACCCCAUCAAGCAUCUCCUGUGUCAAGAACACCAAGCCUUCCUGCUGUUGACACCAGCUACAUCAAUACAUCACUCAUCCAAGACUACAGGCAUCCAUUCCAUAUGACACCUAUGCCUUAUGACUUGCAAGGUUUAGAUUUCUUCCCUUUCCUGUCAGGAGACAAUCAGCAUUACAACACCUCCCUUCUUGCCGCUGCAGCUGCGGCAGUUUCUGCAUCAGAUGAUCAAGAACUCUUACACUCUCGUUUUUUCCCAUACACUUCAUCUCAGAUGUUUCUCGAUCAGCUAAAUGCAGGAGGAAGCAGUUCUCUGCCAGCCACAAAUGGUAGCAAUAGUGGCAGUAACAGCAGUCUUGUUUCCUCCAACAGCCUGCGAGAGAAUCAUGGUCAUCCAGUUGCAAGUAGGAGCAGCACGGACACGGCGUCUAUCUUUGGUAUCAUACCAGACAUUAUUUCGUUGGACUGAUUUUUGGAAUAUAUGAACUCGUCAGAGGAAAUCUUUGUGCUUGGUUUUACUUUAUGUUAGAAACAUAGACAAGUUUUUUUCCUUUUGUAGGGAAAAAAAUUUAUGUGUACAGAGAACAAAAGUAUAUUUUCAGUUUUACUUUUGUAUAUAAACCUAAGAUGGCCUCACUGGUAAAAAUAAGAAAAAAAAAAAAACACAAAACAAAAAAAAAAAUUAACAAAAACAAGGAGCUUCAGUUCAUUUGUAUGGAUGCUGAAGAUUUUACACCUGCGCAUUUGUCAUGUGAGUUAUUUUUCUUCCCCCCAAUAGUUUGGACACAAACGGCAUUAUUUUCUUCAUGGUAACAUAAACAGGAAUGGAGCUGAACUUUUAAAGUUCAAACUUACGAGAGGGUUUUUUCUCCUCUUGGAGUCAUUUACCUUUGGUGGUGGAAUCUAAUUCCCCCAUCCCACAUUUAGUGCAGAUGUUAUUAUGCUGAAAGUGGAAUAAACCCUACUCAAAGUGUUCCACGGCAUCCCCUCUGUUUGCAGGACAGAGCCUUUCAGGAGUGGCUUUGGCUUUUUAGUAUUUGUUUUGGUCAUUUCUGGUUCUAUGUGACCCUCUCUUCAGAUUGUUUUUAAUUCCAUGCUUUAGUCAAGCAUGUUGCAAGCUCAUUAGUGCACCAAUUAUUCUUGAGGGCCAGACUCAAUAAAAUCUCAGGCUGAGGAAUUUACUUGGCUGUGCUUAUGUGGGACGAGACAGAACUUUUAUAGAAUCUAGCCCCAAAUAAAAGCAUUGACACAUUGGACUGUAGGGGUUUGCAUCUAAGAACUUACUAUGAAAUCCUUUUGAAAUAUCUUAAGAUCCUAAUCAGCAAAAUAUUAAGCAUGUGUCAAUUUUAAAUUUGUGGAGCUGCUUGUGCUUUAAAGUUAGCCACGCGUGUAUAACUGGCCUAUUGAAUUGAGGCCUGUCUUGUUCUGGCUGGAGAAACCUACUUUUAGCUGCAGUAGAUCAGAUUUCUGCUUCAAAGUGAACUUGUCAACAAAAGGACAAAAAUACAAAUACCAACACACUAUUGCAUGGUUUGUGCAGCCAAUAAUGGUCUCGGUACACACUGUCUUCUGAGGUCACAUCCAUCAAAAUGAAUACUAAAUGUUCGAUGUGAGUCUUUUAAACCAAACCCAAUCCUGUAACAAAGCCCCACCCUGUAGCCCGUGUACUCAAAGGGAUUGCUACCUAUUGAAGUCUCUUAGGGUAGUGGGUUUCAAAACUCAGUUUUCUCUUUUUGGCCUUGUAAUUACUUUGAUUCCCCUGGUUUUUCAGUACACUUCUGUUGAACUUUGAGCCAUAACUACUUCCCGGGUUCUUUUCUCUUUUUUAAGUUGUGCAUGACAUAGGAAAACCUUUUUAUUUUAGAACUGAUGGGUCAUUUGGGCUGAUCCGUUCUUAUUAAAGAGUGAAACGUGUAAAUAGCUGGAAUGCAGUUUUUUCAGGAGAUUCUUUAAAGUUAAGAGAAGGGGGAGGGAAGGAAGUGAUUCUCUUGUGUCCCAAAGUCCAUGUCAGAGAGAGUAAAUAUUUCCUCUGGUGUGAAAAAUAUUUUUAUAACUGGUUGAAAGUGCAGGUAACGAGUUUAUCAGGAAAAGAGAGUUAAGGAAUACUAAAAUGAGCAGAUUCUUGUCUGAAUUUUUCAUGUCCAAACCUGUUGAUUGCAGCUAGUUGCUUUGAGCAUUGACAAGGGCCACCUUUUGCCUAUGAAGUUGUCUGAGAAAUCUUGCAUUGAUUAAAAAAAAAAAGAAAAAAAAAGAAAAAAAAAGGAAAAAAAGGAAAAAAAACCAGAAAAAAAUCCUCUUUAAUCCAAGUAGCAUUAGGUAUUGCUGUAUGAUCAGUCGUAUGGUUAUUUGAAAGGUUCACAUUAUGUGGCAUCCAAAUCGUUUUUAGUGUUUUUACAGCAUCCCUCUGCCACUAAAUAGUUGACUUGAAUUUUGAAAACAACUGUUUGUGUUUAUAUGUAUAUGUGUGUGUAUAUAUGUAUUUAUAGAUCCGUGUGUGUGAGUUCAAAGUGAGUUAAAUAGUUUUUCCCAUGCAUGUGUAUUUCAUACAUAUCUGGCUGAUAUAUAUAUUUCACCAUACACCAAUUUUAUAAUUUAUUAAAUGUCAGUUAAAAAAAAAUAAAUAAAAGGAUAGAAAAUGGGAAAUACUUAUUUUUUAAACUCAGUCUGAUUUUGAAGUGAUUAAACCUACACUAGGAAUAUAUCUCAUACAUUUUAGUCAUGAAUACUAACCUGGUAACUUCAGAGCAUAUGCUUUGCUAUAAUACCGUUUGUAAACCUGGAGUACAAGUGCUGUCGGUGUAACGGGGAGCGUGUGUGACCCCAGUUCUGAACCACCCAGGAGACAUUGGGAGAGCUGGUGGCUGUUCUGCCGACGAUCGUGGCAACGUUUCAUUGACUGUAUUGUUAAAGAUGACCUGAAGAGCAGCUUGUGUCACUUUUGACAGUGGUAUUAAAGUCUUGUUAACCCACAUCUAAAACGAACCAUGGCGAGUGUGUGGUAACAGGAUCUGGCAUCUUUCUGUCUGGCUUAGCUUUUGGAAAGCCAGGUCAGCUGAUGACGACUUCCAUUUCCUCACAAGUUAUCCUGAAGGAAAGGAAGGCUGUUCAGUUCACCGUUGUCGUUUUUGAACCUCAUGGCUCUACAAAGGGACAGACGUGUUCUGAAGUCCUCCUUUGUGGUAUUAAUCCCAUAUGCUUUGUGAGUAUUCCUGUUUCAUGCUAGGGUGUUCUUUAUUGCUGAUAAUUCUCUGUGCCUCUGACCACAGUUAACAUUGCUUGGUAGAAGUCUCAGUCUGAGUUCUCGACAAGUUCCCUGCAGAUGUCACUCCAAAACUCAAUCUCCGUUAGUUCAAGUAUUAACAAAGAUGCUGUAAAGCAACCCAGAGCUCCCUUCGCUGCCGAUGGCAGAGUUUCUGUGGCUCCUUAGCCUGGAGGUCUCUUGUCCUCAAGUUCUUCCACCAGAGAGGUGGGGUGCGCACACGCUUGUGUCUGUGUUUUGUCAGGGUAUGAGCACACAGCUGCUUAAUAGCAGGGUGGAAGUGGCUUUGAAAGCUCUUAGGGCAUUACUGAUGCAUCCUUUAGAUGCUCUAACCUAGACCACGUGGUAAGAUCUUGGUAGCACUUCCGUAACGAUAGAUGUGACAGCGACUGCAGGCUCACCCCUUCCUCCCCAUGGCAAGGACUCAAAGCCUUUCAAGGGUGGGAUGACUGAUAGGUUGUCAUUGGACUCUGUUGGACCCUCACUAAGACUGUGAGGAGAACAUUUGACAAAUUAACUCUUCACUGCAGUUAAACAUUUCAGGGGUUUAAGCACAUUUUGAAUAGAAAAGGGUUUGUUUUGUCAGUGUAACCAGUUUUCUUUUCUUCUUUUAAACAGAGCUUAGAUUUCUAACAAGGGAAAAUUGCUGGUGGUCCCCGAAAGUGCUGCUGUUAAUUGUUUUAAUUAACAAAGGGAAAAUGUAUAUAAGCAGAAUAUUAAAAUUACCAUUAAUUCCA